UGUUUCAUGUUUUGAGUUUCACACCCUGAAAUCUAACAGACAACACAUCAUUGUCAACUCAGUUACAUCCUUAAAUCCACUUCACAGUAAUUACUAUGAGAUUAGGGGUGGCUUUAGUAUUUGUUUGUUCUGAUUGGAUCGAUUACCAGAUUACCAGAAAUGUCAAAGAAUGUGAGAGAAGUGGAAGAAGAAUCCAAAGAGACGCCAUCACGAGACUUUAAAACAAACGUUGGAUUUAAAAUUCCGGUUUAUUGUGUGCAGUGAGGGGAUGCGGUCCAGUCUGAACUACACUGAUUCCUCCUGUCAAACUCACAAGAAUGAAUCAGACCUUCAGACACAAACGCUGCUUGAGGAGACUGAAGAUCUUCAUCAGGUUUCACGUGAAGUUCUGCAAAGAGUCAAAGACCAACACAAAACCAUCAUGAAGAACCAGUUUGAGAGUUUAUUUGAGGGAAUUAAACUCCAGGAGAAUCAAACCCUCCUGAAGAGGAUUUACACACAACUGUACCUCAUAGAAGGAGAGAGUGAAGGAGUGAAUGAAGAACAUGAGGUUUUACACAUGGAGAAAAACACCAGAACACAACACUUACAAGACACAACAAUCUACUGCAAUGACAUCUUUAAACGCUUACCUGAACCAGAAUAUAAAACUGAGAAAAGAAGAGAGAGGAAAGACAAAAUAAAGAACGUUCUUACUAAAGGCAUAGCUGGAAUUGGAAAAACCGUCUCCGUACAGAAGUUCAUUCUGGAUUGGGCAGAGGGAACGGCCAAUCAGGAUGUAGAUUUCAUGUUUGUGUUUCCGUUUCGAGAGCUGAACUUGAUUCAAGAUGAUCAGUACAGUCUUCACAAACUUCUGCUUGACUUUCAUCCUGAACUUCAAGAUCUGGACUCAAAGAUUUAUGAUGAGUGUAAAGUUGUGUUCAUCUUUGAUGGUCUGGAUGAAAACAGAAUGACACUGAUGUUUUCAGACGCUGAGAAAGUUUCUGAGGUGACUGAGACUUCAUCAGUGCCUGUGUUGAUAUUAAACCUCAUGAAAGGAGAUCUGCUUCCAUCUGCUCUCAUCUGGAUCACCUCCAGACCAGCAGCAGCCAAUCAGAUCCCAUCUAAAUACAUCAAUCGUCUGACAGAAAUCCAGGGAUUCAAUGACGAUCAGAAGGAAGAAUAUUUCAGGAAGAGAAUCAGUGAUGAACAUCAAGCCAGCAGAAUCAUCUCACACGUCAGAAGAUCAAGAAGUCUUCACAUCAUGUGUCACAUACCAGUCUUCUGUUGGAUCUCAUCCACUGUGCUUCAAAACAUCCUGAAACAAGACAAUGAGAGAGCAGAAAUCCCUAAAACUCUGACUGAAAUGUACAUCCACUUCCUGCUGAUUCAGAUGAAUAUGAAGAAUGAGAAGUAUGAUGAGAGAGAUCCAGAGAAACUCCUGCAGUCCAACAGAGAAGUGAUUGUCAAACUCUCUGAACUGGCUUUCAAACAGCUGAUGAAGGGUAAUGUGAUGUUUUAUGAGGAGGAGCUGAGAGAGUCUGGCAUAGACAUCACUGACGCCUCAGUGUAUUCUGGGAUUUGUACUGAGAUCUUUAAGGAGGAAUCUGUGAUGCAUCAGAAGAAAAUCUACUGCUUCAUACAUCUCAGCUUUCAGGAGUUUCUGGCUGCUCUUUAUGCAUUUUACUGGUAUGUAAGCAAAAAAGUUGACACCUUAAAGUUUCUGAAUUUAGUUUAUAGCUUUCUAAAAAAUGCAGUAGAUAAAGCUCUUGAAAAUGAAACUGGACAUCUGGAUCUUUUCCUGCGAUUCCUGCUGGGCAUCUCACUGGAGUCAAAUCAGAGACUCUUACAAGAUCUUCUGACACACACGGUGGACACCUCAGAAACCAUCAGUGAAAUCACACAGUACAUUAAAGAUAAAGUCAAGCAUAAUGAAGAUCUCUCUGCAGAAAGAUCCAUCAAUCUGUUUCUGUGUCUACUUGAAGUGAAUGAUCAGACUCUGUACAGAGAGAUUGAGGAGUUUGUAAGAUCAGACAAACACUCAGAGAAGAAACUCUCUGCUGCUCACUGUUCAGCAAUAGCCUACAUGCUUCAGAUGUCAGAGGAGGUGCUGGAUGAGCUGAAUCUGAAGAAAUACAACACAACACAGGAGGGGAGAAGAAGACUUAUACCAGCUGUCAACAACUGCACAACGGCUAUUCUUACAGACUGUAAUCUCACAGUUGAGUCCUGUAAAAUUGUGGCUUCAGCUCUUCAAUCCUCAAACUCACCUGUGAGAGAUCUGGAUGUGAGUAACAAUGACCUGCAGGAUUCAGGAGUGAAGCUCAUCUCUGAUGCUCUCAAGAGUCCAGACUGUAAACUACACACACUGAGAUUAUCAGGUUGUAUGGUGACAGAUGAAGGUUGUUGUUAUUUGGCUUCAUCUCUGAGUUCAAACCCAUCAUCACACCUGAGAGAGCUGGAUCUGAGCUACAAUCACCCACAACACUCAGGACACCAGAUGCUCUCUCAGAUACUCAAUGAUACGAACUGCGCACUCAAGAAAUUCAUGUUGGAUUAUGGAGGAGAGAGCAGACUUUUACCAGGACUGAAAAAAUACUCCUGUUAUCUCACUCUGGAUUCAAACACAGCAGACUGUCGUCUCGCUCUGUCUCAGGGAAACCGAAUGGUGAUGCGUGUGAAAGAGAGACAGUCGUAUCCGGAUCAUCCAGACAGAUUUGAUUACUAUGGUAACGUUCUGUGUAAAGAGGCUCUGAAUGAACGCUGUUACUGGGAAGUUGAAUGGACCGGGGUGAAUGAUUUAUGUGUGGUAUAUAAAGGGUUAAAGAGGAAGGGUGACAGUAGUGAGUGUUAUUUUGGAUUCAAUGAAAAUUCCUGGACUCUUUACUGCACAAAUCGCAAUUACUCUGCAAUACAUAAUAAAAAAAGCACAGACAUACCUGCACCUUUCCCAUCUAACAGAGUAGGAGUUUAUCUGGACUGGUCAGCCGGUACUCUCUCCUACUACAGCAUCUCUGAUACACAAACACUCACACACUUACACACAUUUAACACAACAUUUACUGAACCUCUGUAUGCUGGAUUUGGGGUUUAUCCCGGCUCCUCUGUGUGUUUAUGUUAAACAGGGCCUACAUCUUAAAACUGAUUCAAAAAUCAAUACAGAAAGGAAUUUUAAAGAUUUCCAGUGGAAGUGUUUACCAAGGAAUAUUGAUUUUGUUAAAAAGGAACAUAACUAUUUGAAUGCUCGAAACCUGGGACCUUAUGUUUACAAUGUGUACCUUUUUUCGCACAAUAAUCUACAAGAGUGUGGCAGUGGGGUAAAAUACACAUAUUUUUAAUAGGUGUAAAAGUGUUAUUUGUUUGAUAAAAAAUAAUUUGAAACGAUACAGUACCUGAUAAUAAAACGAAAACUGCAAUUUUUCUCCCUCUAGCUAAUCCUGGGAAAGAUAUAACAAAACCUAGUAGCUAUAGACCCAUCACUCUUAUUUCUGCAAUAUGUAAAGUAAUGGAAAAAAUGAUUGUAAGGUGAUUUGAAUUACCUUUUACAUUUGGUUUCAGGAAAAGUAGGUCUACAGUAUAUGCAU